AUGAAGGAGUUGAAUGAAUAUGGAAUAUGUGUGAAUGAUACAGAGUACAGUUCUCUAGGAGUAUCAAAUGACGUCAAAUUAUUACUUGGAGCUGAUGUGGCCGGCAAGCUUUUCACAGGCAAUGUAAAAUGUUUGAUUGAAGGUCCUGUUGCCGUUGAGUCACAUCUAGGGUGGACUCUUAUGGGGAAGAUACCUAUAAAUGAUAUUGCUGUGACGACAAAUUCUUCUCUUUCAUUGCUUUUAACUGAAGCAUCAGUGAAUCAACUGUGGUCAUUGGAUGUUUUGGGAAUCACAGAUCCAUCUGCGAAGAAAGUGCAGGCAGAGUUGCAAAGAGCUACACAAGAGUACUUUUUGGAGACAAUCAGACUAGAUGUAGAAAACCGUUUUGUGGUUAGCAUGCCUUGGCUGGAAGAUCAUCCUCCAUUGCCAACCAACUAUGACCUGGCGUAUAAAAGAUUGAAUUCGACUGUCAACCGCCUUAAAUCGCAGUCGAUUUAUAAAGAGUAUGAGCAAGUUUUUAAUGAAUGGAUGGAGGAGGGAAUAAUAGAAGAAGUAAAGGAUAAUUGUGAGGAAAAUGUACACUACCUACCUCAUCGUGCAGUUAUAAAACCGAAUAGCACCACCAAAAUUAGACCCGUAUUUGAUGCUUCAGCUAAGGCCAAAGGUUUUCCAAGUUUAAAUGACUGCUUAGAGAAGGGUGAAAAUCUUAUUGAAUUGAUACCAAGCAUUUUGAUGCGGUUUAGGACUGAGAGAAUUGGUGUCGUUUCAGACAUACGUAAAGCCUUCUUACAAAUCGGACUUACUGAAACUGAUAGGAAUUACUUAAGAUUUUUAUGGCUUAGUGAUACAGGCUUGAAGAUUUACAGGCAUUGCAGGGUAGUAUUUGGAGUAACCUGUAGCCCAUUUUUGCUGUCCUCAACUAUCAAAUACCUUCUGAUGAAUGUUUUGAAAGAAAUAAGGGAACAAAAAGCUACUUAUCCUGAAUAUGUUGUACAAAAACUAAUGAAAAGUUUUUAUGUGGACAAUUGUGUGACGAGUGUCAAGGAUACAGAAGAAUUGAAUAUGUUUGAAAGAGUUGCUACUGAAAUAAUGGCAAGUAGAAAAUUCGAUCUUAGAGGGUGGGAGUACACCGACUUAACCGAGGAAAAUUCACAGCCACCUACAAAUGUUCUUGGUAUGAGCUGGGAUAAGAAAUAUGAUACUCUUCAAGUGAGUACAGGUUGCAUUAAAGAGCUUAACAUUGAGAAAGUAACGAAGAGAACCAUCCUGUCAGCUGCACAUAGACUUUUUGACCCCUUGGGUAUGAUCUGUCCUGUAACGUUGAUCCCAAAAUUGCUUCUUCAGAGCAUUUGGAAGUUGAAACUGAAUUGGGAUGAUGAUGUUGAUGAAAACACCAGAAGAGAAUUUUUAAAAUGGAUUGAAGGUGUACUGCACAUUGAGAAAAUUAAUAUUCCAAGGUAUUUUGGACUAAGUGGAUCCAAGAAGUGUUCCAUAUAUUUACCUCAAGAAUUGUGGACUUCGUCUGAAUAUGUCGUUAAUGAGGAGGAAGUAAACUGUGAGAAAAGAAAAGGCGUCACAACCUCAAUGAUAAAUUUUGAAGUGACUAAACUUUUGAGUUCUAAUAUUUCUGAUAAUCGAAAAAGUGUACAUACUAUGGUGUGGGUGACAAGAUUCCUUUUUAAUUUCAAAAAUGAAGAAAGAAGAAAAGGAGAUCUUUCUGUAAGGGAAUUAGAGGAAGCUGAGAAAAUCACUGUAUACUUGAUACAACAGGAGUCAUUUACAAGAGUUUCAGAUGAAAGCCUUAAAACUUUGGAUGUAUUUAUUGGGGAGAAAGGAAUCUGUAGAUUAAAAACAACUGUAUAUAAGAGUAAUGAUUUUGAGGAGUUCAGAACACCUGCUGUUUUACAAGGAGAGCACGCUAUAGUAAAACGUUUAAUACUAUCUGAAUAUAAGAAAAGGGGACAUGCUGAUGUUUCAAACUUAUUGAAUUUUCUUGGAGAAAGAUUUUGGCUGCUGCGUGGUAGAGGAAAAGUAAAAUCUGUAUCGAGACCUUGUGUAGUAUGCAAGCGUUCUUCAACCAAACUUGUAGACCCACCAACUGCAUCUCCACCAAGUGAGAGAGCUCAAGACGCAGAGGUUUUCCAAGUAACUGGUGUGGACCUUGCUGGUCCUGUGAUUUUGAAAGACAAUCCAAAGGGCUGGAUAUGUAUUUUUACCUGUGCCGUUUAUUUUACAGGGAGUGGACAAGCUGUUAAAAAGGCUUGA